CGUGGGCGCAGCCAACACUGGGCGCUCAGCUCCCUGCCCCUCCCAUGGCGGCUCCCCCUGAUCCCUCCCUGCGCGGCUUCCUCUUCCCUGCUGCGCCCCUACGUAGAUCUCCUCCGUCCUGUGCCGAGCUCACUCCCUGCUCCAUCUCCUUCCCCAACUCCGGCGUCCGUCGCACCCAGGCCAUGGCUCUCUGGUGCUCGCCAGCUGUUCUGCUUCACAUCUAUCCCACCGCCACGGAGCUCGCCGGACUGCGUCCAGAUCUCCCCUGCGUCGGUCACCAUCCACGCUCAGCGCCUAGGCUUCCUCCUCGACGUUCUUCCCUGCCCUAGCUGCGUACGCCCAGCCGCCGGCCGACCUCACCGGUGAAGUUCUGGUGCUCGUGUUGCUCCUUCACUACAACCUAGAAGAGUGGCGGUGGCGAUGCUCAGGCCGGCUACACACCCAAUCCCGGCGGCGACAACACUACAACCUAGAAGGGUGGCGGCAGCAUAGUUGCUGUGGACGACCACCACCGAGACGCUGAUGGCAGAUCUCGCCGGCACGACUAGCAGCGUGGUGCAUGCUCAGGUGACUGGCAUCCUUAUGCCCUUCUGAUUUCCCCUUGCACUCUCAAUUGCUUAGCGGUAUUACUACUUGCGGAUCUAGGAUUUACUAAAGCAUUAGGUGAGUUUGAUUUAUAAAAUUUUCUCCUAUAGGUGGAGGCGAAGAUGGCACCAUAAAUUGAGUUUGAUUUAUAGAAUUUCACAAAUCCACCUUUCUGCGGAUAUCUUCAUACAUAUCAAAUGAAACUGGUUAAAUUCUAAAAAUGCAUAACAUGUGCACUCUAGGAUCAUUCCAAGAGCUGUCUAUCUAUCUAUAUAUUCAGAAAGUCACUAAAACAAUUAGGGUUACUGAAAUGAAUAAUAACAUGAAUGAUUCAACUAUAUUUAAAAAUUGUAAGCCUAACAAUGAGAAUAAUAACAUGAAUGAUUCCAAAUGUAGUCAUUGGCUAAGCCAAAAUUUGUAUUUCAUAAAGUAACUAAGAUCAGUGUUUGUCUGGAUCGUGACAAGGUUGUAGCUUUUCCCAUAAUCGAUCAGACCAUAUCCUAGGAUUAAGGAUGUGCAACAGAACCCUUUUGUUGUCGACGAUAUCAAUGAGCUUCAGUUUUUUUCACAUCCAUAACUAUAUACCAAGCCUUUUUGCCACAUUUGCAAGCCACACCAUCGCUAUGAACAGAAAAACUAUUAUGUUAGAUCCAUCUUCUAUCCGCAUAUCAUAACCAUAACGUGUCCUUCAAAAUUUAGAUGUGACCUUAAUGCUUUUAUAUGUGAUUGGUAAGGGUUUACAGGAUCUUAUGACCACAUUACGUGCUUUCGAGGAUGUCAACCACUGAUUCCAGACCAAGUUCUCCCAGGUGCCUGAUCUUGUUUUUCUUCUCCCCUUGGACUGAUCUAACAUAUGGUUUCCAAAUCUGUCGGCACUCUUCCUGCGAUGGACCCUUCCUCUCUUGAUAGAUCGAUCCGUUUGAGUAGUCUAUGUACAAAUGGCAUCAUGCGAGGUACUCGAGGGAACCAGCUUUGUUCGUUUUUAUGCUCGUGCAUUUUAUAUAUGAUUACAUUUUUCUUGAGCGCGAGUGGUCUCAUAUUGAUGAAACGUUGUUUGAUUCUAGCUAUAUUUGUACAAAUUAGGAUAGGUAUGUUGCAUUUUCACUUUGUGGUCAUUAUUAGUACUUUAGUUUUUAGUAUUGAUCGAUAAUGAACACAAUAACUGGACAUUGCUAGAACCAUUACAGUUUAUCCCGUAUUUAAUCAACUUUGAAACUAUGCUCAAGCUUUCCCCUACUUAGGAUUUGGAAAACUCUUCAAUUAUGAGAAGGUCUGGUUCAGUCUCUAAUGACAUAAUAUUGAGGCACUACAUUUGAAUAAUCGAUAGAUAUCAGAGAAAUACUUGUUCUAUCAAUAGAGAAGGACAACUUUUUUUGAGACCAGAGAGGGCCAAUUUUGGCUUCAUAUGUGAACAAAGUGUUGUGUUUUCUGCUCAAAAGGUUUGUUUUACCUUUGUAAGUUGUAAAUUUAUAUUAUUCAAACUGCAGUUACAUAUACCUUGGUAGGCUGCAUGCUUCCUUUGAGGUAAGAUUGCUAUGGAGUUGAUCGAGUGAUCUUUCCUGUCAUAUUAGAUGGUUUUCUUCUUGUUCCUUUGCAACAUUAUCUUGAAAGUUUCUAGGAGGCAGCUGAGGCAUGCACUAUUCCUUAAAUUUGUUGUAUUGUGUCUUCCACAUGUGUUAGUUUUAUAUCCUAGAUCAAUGGGUCAAUGGAUCGUGACAAGGCUGUAGCUUUUCCCAUAAUCGAUCAGACUAUAUCCUAGGAUUAAGGAUGUGCAACAGAACCCUUUUGUUGUCGACGAUAUCAAUGAGCUUCAAAAUUUUUUCACAUCCAUAACUAUAUACCAAGCCUUUUUGCCACAUUUGCAAGCCACACCAUCGCUAUGAACAGAAAAACUAUUAUGUUAGAUGUAGAUCCAUCUUCUAUCCGCAUAUCAUAACCAUAAUGGGUCCUUCAGAAUUUAGAUGUGACCUUAAUGCUUUGAUAUUUGAUUGGUAAGGGUCUACAGGAUCUUAUGACCAUAUUACGUCACAACGCAAUCGGAUACUUACCCUGAUACUUUGUAUUUCUGUUUGGAGGUAGCAUUGAUAUUGUCAACUGUAGUUGUGUCAUCUGUGCCCCCUUAUUCUUAAGACUCACUAUAUUUGGAGAGGUAUCCAGGAGAUCAUGGAUGAAGAAAUGGAUGAAGAUGUCAUAGUCAAGGCUGUGGACUGCUCGAACCAAUCAGAGAUAUCGAGCUCAAACAGUUUAUCAAAGGCUACUCAGAUGCCUUACAACCUGAAUUAGGGAUGAAACUGCUAAUUGCACAUGGAAGUCACCAAGAACUUGGUAAAGGUGAUUCAAUGACAAAUCUAAUGAUUAACAUGUGCGAUGUGGUUCACAUGUUAAUGCAUGCAACUGAAGUGCAUUACCAAUGUCCCAAGAGCGUAAGGGUACAGUCUGAUGUAUCUGAAAGGAUUGCUAAUGGAACUAGUGUUCAUGAGCCAAACACUAAUAAUUCAGAAGGAUCCCUGGCUGGUGCUGCUGUCUGGGAUGUAUUCCGCAGGCAGGAUCUUCCAAAGCUUAAUGAAUAUCUAGCUGUUCAUCGGGAAGAAUGUGCAGCUAGAUGUCAAGCAGUGUCUUCUGUUAAAUAUCCUAUUUAUGAUCAAACAGUGUACCUUAACGAUUAUCAUAAGAAGAUGUUGAAGGAUCAAUAUGAGGGACUGAAGACAAUCGAGCAGAUUACAAUGGACUCAGCUUCGGUCGAGACCAAUAUGUUGAAGCUCUGCAAGGUGAGGUCUGUUCAGUUUGGCCAAAAAGGCAUCCCCUACCUGAACACCUACGACGGCCGCACCAUCCGCUACCCCGACCCGCUCAUCAAGGCUAACAACACCAUCAAGAUCGAUCUGGAGACUAACAAGAUCAUGGACUUCAUCAAGUUUGACGUUGGCAACGUGGUCAUGGUGACUGGCGGGAGGAACACCGGGCGUGUAGGAGUCAUCAAGAACAGGGAGAAGCACAAGGGCAGCUUUGAGACCAUCCACGUGCUGCUUGGAGCUUUUUGCUAUGUCUAGUUUUCUCCUAUUUGUUGUACAGGAAAACAUAGAAUGGAAUUCAAAUUUGGUGGUC